AUUAAUUUUCAAACUAAAAAACACAAAUCCCUCUCUUUCUCUCUCCUCCCCAUCUCUCUCUUAAAUUAGUGAAAAGCCACUUGCCUUUUUUCGCCUACGUCUCUGCUCUCUGCAACUCUCUUUUGCAGAUAACACACACUCAAACACACCCCACAAUGCUGCCGAGGGCCACCGCCGCCGCCUGGAUUGACGCCGAGGAAGAUGAGGCCAUCUCCUGGCCGCCUCGCCAGCACAACGACGCCGCCGCCUCCGCCCGAGACGACGCAAUCAACAACGCCUCUCUCACUUCCUUCAAGUCCAUGCUCGACUCUGAUUGCUUCCUCAACAAUGCCAUCGCCGCCCCCAAUCCCUUCAACCUACCGGAAUUCAGCUCCCUUUUAUUCAAUCCUUUGGAUUCCUCUUCCUCCUGCUCUCCCUCCCAGCCCUUCCACCUCGAUUCCUCGCCCGCAUUUUUACCCCCUAAAUCCGUAAUGCCCUCUCUCUUCACCGCCAAUUUUGACAACGGCGGCUUCGAUUUGAGCUGCGACCAGAGCUACUUCCCCGCUCCGGACGCGGUUUCCGCGCCUAUGAUGAUGGGGUUUAACGGAUUCAAUUCUCAAUUUCAAUCCAGCGCCGAGUUCGCGACGCGGAUGCUUCCCUUUUCCGACGAUAGCGCCGCUGCUGGAGGUGCUUCCAACGCAAUCAAUUUCGAGGGUUUCGACCCUAGCGGCGGAGUCGGAUUGAAUCCGAACAGGCCUAAGCUGCUGAGGCCGCUCGAGGUCCAGCCGCCGGUGGGAGCGCAGCCGACUCUGUUUCAGAAGAGGGCGGCGCUGCGGCAGAGCUCGAGGCUGCAGAAUUUGGGGGCUAUGAGCUCGAAGAGCGACGAGGGCUUGACGAGCGUGGAUGACGCAGGGGAGAUGGAACUGGGGAGGAAGAGGAAGAGGAGCUUUGAUGAUGAAAUGGAGGAUAUAGGCGCUGAUAUCUCCACCUUGAAUUACGAUUCCGAUGAACCCACCGAUAAAUUCGGCUACAAUUCCAACGGCAACAGCAGCGUCACGGCUGGCGACCACAAGGGGAAGAGGAAGGGGAUGCCGGCGAAGAAUCUGAUGGCGGAGCGGCGCCGGAGGAAGAAGCUCAAUGACAGGCUCUACAUGCUCAGAUCUGUUGUGCCUAAAAUCAGCAAGAUGGAUAGAGCUUCAAUUCUUGGAGAUGCAAUUGAUUAUCUGAAGGAGCUUUUGCAACGCAUAAGUGAUAUUCAUAAUGAACUUGAAGCUACCCCAGCUGGAUCUCUGCUUCAUCCAUCGACGAGCUUCAAUCCUUUGACGCCCACACCACCGACUCUCCCUUAUCGCAUCAAGGAGGAAAUCUGUGCAAGCUCGGCACCUAGUCCCAAGAACCAACCUGCAAGGGUCGAAGUAAGGCUGAGAGAAGGGAGGGCUGUGAAUAUCCACAUGUUCUGUGCUCGUCGACCAGGUCUCUUGUUGUCGACUAUGAGGGCUUUGGACAACCUUGGUCUGGACAUCCAGCAAGCUGUGAUAAGCUGUUUCAACGGCUUUGCCUUGGAUGUGUUCCGAGCGGAGCAAUUCAGGGAAGGGCAGGAUGUGUUGCCGGAGCAGAUCAAAGCGGUGCUUCUGGAUUCAGCUGGAUAUCAUGGUGUUAUGUAGAUUUCAAUCUUGUCUUUAUAAACAAUUUGCUCAGCAGUAAUUGCUGAGUUAUGAGUAGGUAUGACUGCAUCUCAUAAGUCAUAACAAUGAAUUCAAGCUAAUGCUGUUAGAUUAUUUUGUGACAUUUAUUUGGAAUUUUUGCAAUCUAUUUUUUUGAAAACAUAAA